AUGCCAAACUACCAAUUCGAAACCGUCAAGGUCACCGUGCAUCCCGAUGGCGUCGCCCAUGUCGAGCUCAACCGCCCAAAGAAACUCAAUGCUUUCAACAACCAACUCAUUGGCGACGUGCUCAAUGUGUUCCGUACUAUUUCCGAUGACCAAGACGUGCGCGCCAUUGUGCUUUCAGGUGCUGGUAGACUGUACACGGCUGGAUUGGAUUUGAGCGAGACCCAACUCAAGGAUAAAAGCAAUGGUGAUAUUGCUCGUUUGACGUACGCUAAGCGACAUCAUUUGCAGUGGUUCCAAAGCGCGUUUACUGCUAUUGAAGAGUGCGCAAAGCCUGUCAUUGCUGUGGUCCAUAAUGGCUGUAUCGGUGCUGGUGUUGACAUGGUAACCGCUGCUGAUAUUCGUUAUUGCACAAAGGAUGCCUACUUUUGUGUCAAGGAAGUCGAUGUUGGUCUUGCUGCUGAUGUGGGUACGCUUCAACGUUUGCAAAAGAUUAUCGGCAACCAAAGCUUUGUGCGUGAUGUAUGUCUCACAGCUCGCAAUGUCAAGUCGGAUGAGCUUUUGCGUGAAGGUGUAGUGAGCAAGGUGCUAGAUACCAAGGAACAGGCUUUGGAUGAAGCAUUUAAGACCGCACGUUUGAUUGCAUCCAAAUCCCCUGUCGCUGUUUUGGGAACCAAACAUCUCCUCAAUUACUCGCGUGACCAUUCGGUUGCCGAAGGAUUGGCUUAUACCGUUACUUGGAGCUCUGCAAUGCUUAACACUGAAGAUAUCCCCAACUCCGUUCAAGCCUUCGUGACCAAGCAGCCUGCAAAGUAUUCCAAGUUGUAG